AUAUAAAUAAGGAUAUACGGUAUUGUAACACAAUUUGCACUUUGGAAUAGUACAACGGAUCUCGGAACAUAACGAUAUGAUGAGCUUAUGCAAGUUUAUCUCCUUUAAACUUCAUUGCGUAUUGAACCGAUUGGAUGUUAGUUGGAUUUGAACUCUUUUUGUCGGUAUCUAAUGGAAUGGUCGUCAUAUAUAUCACUAUCACUAUUUGACUAUGACCAGAUAAUCAGAUACGGACAAUAUUAAGUUGAAAACAGUUGAACAAAGUGGAUCGUUAAUUAAAACAAUAUAGCAAUAUUUGCCGGAAAAAGAUCUUCGUUUUUGAGAAGCUGACAAAUAACGCUUUCCUUUCGAAAAGUUGACUAAUACCAACAGAGCUUUGGAAAAAUCUUCUCAUUUCAGAACUCACUUUUUGUUUGUGAUUUGGAGUAUCUGUAAAGAUGUUCAUCAAAGUCAUCUGUGUUCUGUGCGCCGUAGCGGCAGUAUCAACAUAUCCAGCGGAAAUGUUUGGAGGCCGAAAUAAUGUAGCGCCAUCAACGGACUUCUUCAGUAAUUUCAUUCCGAAAGGAAUAAUGAGGAACAUGACCAGUAAUCCCAUUCUUCAGUGGAUCCCAGGCUUUAUAACCAAGACCAUUAAUGCCGCCAGAGAGAGAAAGAUGAUGAAGCAGAUGCAGCAAUCUAUGAUGACUGACGUUGAUAUGGGCGGUCUUGGCGGAAUGAUGGUGCAGAGCCCUGGAGGAUCAACAGGUUUGUCAUUAUCUAACAGAGGUGGUCAAGGAUUUGUUAUGGCUACUGACAACCCAAUGACUGACUACCUGGCUGGAAGUUUUGGAGGAAUGGCAGAUGGGAUGAUGUAAACCACAGAAGACUUUAACUUCACUUGCCUUCUCGACCUUUAGAUAUCACCACCUGUGUUGAAUGAUUGUUGUAGUUUCGAAAUGCAUUUAAAAUGCCUCGGUAGUUUUUUGUGUUUAAGUGAUGAAAUAAUUAAAUCUAAAUAUAUUUGUGGUAAUUUAUAUACUUAUUUAAUAAGUAAAACUAUGUUAAAAUAAAUUGGAAAUGCAAUAUUUUGAAGCAAUUAUGUCACCAAUGUAUACUUGUAGGUUUUGGUAUUGGAUAUGUAGUGCUCCAAUUUUGUUGAAAUAAAACAUGCAAGACUUGGUGAGAUUCUACCGAAUAAUUUUCGCAAAAGACACGAAAAACGAUUGUCUCUAAAGAGUCAUUUGCACAUAACCUCAUUAUCUGUCUACGCAUGCACUUAUAUCAUAUUAGCAUAUUAGACGUAGAUCAAUAUAUAUAUAUCAUUGAUCUGAUGUAAAGUACACAUCAUUAUGUGCAUAUGAAGUACAUCAAUGGCAAUAACCUGUCAACAUAUGUGGAAAUAUACCUAAAAUAAUUGGUCAUAACAGAUAGUAUCCUAACUAUAGAAUUUGGACUAAGUCGCGUUUGUAACUGAUGUAUAGCUGAUACUGAAAAGACACAACUAGCGAUAGUGAUGUAGGUUUUCAGACGUUUGUAGACAUUGAACUGGAAUGAAUUCCAUUGAUGCAUUAGUACACAAAGAUGUUGAUUAUUUUAUUUAUGUCGAAUUUAUUGUUGGAGUUACAAAGUUCGCUAAAGACUGAAAAUGGUUUUCAUUCAAUGUUUGUACGUUGUUUUGACGAAAUAUUCGUAUUUCUGUUCACAACAUAAAACAAUUUUAUGCAUCGCGGUAACACACAAUAUUUACCGAAGGUAGAGCAAAUAAAUCGCUUUAUUAUGAUGAAUAUCUAAAACGACUUAACCAUGCACGUGAAGUGCCUGCUGUCAUGCUCAAGUAAGUGUCUAUCUGAUUUUCUCUACAUAUCUGUAAGCAAUGUUGACCAUUUGCUAAAAAUGUUGUAUAAGUAUCCAUUAUUAAAUUACGUAUUUAGUAGUGCUAAUACCCUUGUUUAGUAAAUUGAUAUUUGUUUAAGAAUUAAUGCUGAUAUCAAUAUAUCACAGGAAUAAAUAAUAAUACAAUA